CCGCGGGCGGUUAGUGCUAUGACGACAACCGGCCACCUCCGAAACGAUUGCGGCGACAACGUCAAUAUUACGGCCCCCGUCAACGAGUACGAAAAAUUUUUGUUAUCGCUGUUCGCUCGUUGUCAACGCGAGUGAACGAUUUGGGAGGUUUUAUUUUAUUUGUAUUUUUUUUGUUUUCACGUUCAUGUUUUUCGCGUCUUUUCACGCACUACGUUGUGCGUUCAGUUUCGUUCAUGUAGGCCCGGGAACGUGGUCGUCAAACGGCGUGUACCCGCGCGUGCGGUGAACAGUAGACAUUCGUUGUCGUAUCGCCCGACCACGGACACCGAGAAAAUAGGUCGGUGCCGUUGUCGUUUCUCACAGCCGUCGUCCACUGUUCGGUCGUAGGUAGUCACCGACAGCAGGGCGGAACACGACGAGAACAUUGGCCUCGCGUGCGCGUGUACCGCGGCUACCGACGACUGUCAUGGCUCACAGGCGACCGGUUGGCGGUACGUCGUCAUCCGUCACGGACAACGAAAAUGCUAUCAGACUCCUGGAAUCGCUGCAGAAUGAUUUCAAAUGCCUGUCCAUGGAGACAAAGAAGAAAUAUCCGCAGAUCAAAGAGGCAUCUGAAGAAGCUAUCGUCAAACUGAGGAACUCAGCAGCAGUUGCGGCUGAUCACUUAUUGCAACAGCAACAGCCUCACUAUCAUCACCAUCAUGAAAUCUACUAUGUCGUCAAUCAGAUACUAUAUCCUGUGGUCCAAGGGUGUGAGACCAAGGAGCCAAAAAUCGUUAAGAUGUGUCUUGGAACAAUACAAAAACUUAUUACCAACCGAGCUGUUGAUCAAAAAGGUGCACGUUACAUCACCGACACUUUAUGGAUGUUGAUGGAAUCUGGUACUGAGCAUGUUAAAGUAUUGCAGAGUGUUACACUGUUAUUGACAACUGAUUGUGUUGUUCGUGGUGAAACACUGGCUCGGAAUUUGGUGUUAUGUUUUCGUCUUCAUUUUACCAAAGAUUCUCAGGCUGUUAUCAAUACAGCAGGUGCUACUGUGCGUCAACUUGUAGCUCUAGUAUUUGAACGUGUUAUACAUGAAGACGAACAACUAGAGCAGCAACUCAAAGAUCAUAAUGUAGGAAGUAGUAAUGAUAACAAUGAUUAUAAUGGUCAACAGCAACGGAACGGGGCUGAUAUAUCCAUACCAUCUCAAGAUCAUCGGCAACAGCAAAUUAAUAGAGCUCAACAAUUAUCUUCCCAUCAUCAUCAUCAAUAUAAUGGUAGUAAUGUAAGUGGCAGUGAUAUCGCCACUGCAGUUGCUGCAUUAGGUCCAUGCGCUGCAGAUGCAUUUCUUAUGUUCCAGGAUCUUGUGCGAUUAGUCAAUACUGAUCGUCCUUAUUGGCUAGUGGGUAUGACAGAAAUGACCCGUACAUUUGGUUUAGAAUUGUUGGAGUCUGUUUUGUCUGAUUUUCAACCUGUGUUUUUCAAACAUUCAGAGUUUGGGUUUCUAUUAAAAGAACGUGUAUGUGCGUUAGUUAUCAAGUUAUUUUCGCCUAAUAUCAAACAUCAUAGUGGUAAUAAUACUGCUGGCAGAAGAAGUACUAUCACCAACACUGGGACUUCGUCUGGCUCAGGCACUAAUAAUUCUUCAGUUAUAAUGAUGGGAGUUACUGGUAGUACUGGUAGUCCUACAUUAAAUAACCGUGGUGAUGACAGACCACAUUACGCUAUUACAGUUCGGCUGCUGCGUCUCGUAUCCAUACUGGUUCGCAAGUACCAUAAACUUUUGAUCACUGAAUGCGAGAUAUUUUUAUCAUUAAUCGUCAAGUUUUUGGAUGCUGAUAAACCAGCAUGGCAACGUUCAGUUGCCUUGGAAGUGUUGCAUCGGUUAGUGGUUGAACCCGGUCUGUUGGCCGCAUUUUGUGCAUGCUACGAUCUCAAGGUACAUAGUACCAAAAUAUUUCGAGAUAUUAUUGACUCGCUAGCCAGUUAUGUACAAUCGCUAUUUAAUCCUUCAAUGGUGGUAUCUGGAAGUGGGUCGAUGAACAAUGCAUCAAUGAUAGCAACAGCAAAUGCAGCUCUUCAAGGACAGUCUCCAUCAGUGUUAACUGGCAUGCCAGUCGGACCAGGAGUUUCUCCCCAACCAGGGUUUUACAGCCGUAAUGGUGUAUGGCUACCAGUAGUGAUCCAACUACCGACAGGUCAAGCUAAAUCUAUUUACCUAGAAAUGAAUGACAAACAUGACGAACCACCACAGAUAGCUGAUGGUUAUGGUAUUUCUGUAGCAUAUGCAUGCUUGGUUGACGCUGUUCGUGCCAUUCAAAUUGAAGUACGCCCUGAUAUACAUCAGCCUGUUGCAUCUUUGCAACCUUCUACUAUUAUACCAUCAUCUAGUGGGGAUGAUGAUACUCAUGGUCAUCAUCAACAGAAUGAUAGUACUGAUCAAAAGACCUCAAUUAAAGGUUACAAUGAUGAUAAUGAAGAGCGAAAAAUAUCAGGCACCAAGAGAUCACCAUUACAUGAACAAAUAAUAAACAGUAGUUGGUGUGGACUAUUAACAACGUUUUGCCCAUUAAUUGAAUCAUGCACUGAUGAAGGUAUUACAGAAAACAUGUUAAAAGCUAUGCAAGCAUACAUUGGUCUAUGUGGUCAACUGGAUAUGCGAGGGCCACGUGAUGCUUUUAUCACGGCUGUAUGUCGUGCUUGCUUACCACCUCAUUACAACCUUACUGUAUUUAAUGGAGCAGGUAAUACUUGUUGUACAGCUCAACAGCCUUCAACACCAGUUCAGUAUACCACUUCUUCAACAAUGUAUGAUGACCAUCAUCACCAACAAUACAAUUCUACCACUAAUAGUUCAUAUGGUUCAGAUUCUACUGAUUAUAAACAACAACAACAGGUUGUAGUUGCUGUAGGUACACCAUUGGCUACUCCGUCAUCAGUACUGCAGGCCAUGUCAUCUUCAACAUCUAGUACCUCAUUGCUAAACCAUGGACCUGUGAUGCUUACUGCCAAAAAUCUACAGUGCAUGCGUGCUUUAUUAGUACUUGCACACUGCCAUGGAUCUAUCCUAGGUUCUUCAUGGCACUUAGUUUUAACUACUUUACAGCAUCUUGUUUGGAUACUAGGACUUAAACCAUCGACAGGUGGCAGUCUUAAGGCUGGGAAUGGAGGUGCUACAGCUGUAUCAAAUAGACACUCUGGAGUUAGCAACUCUGGUACUGCUGCUGAUGGCACUGUUGUGGGUUCAUUAUCAUCAUCUUCUGCAGCUAUUGCAACAACUUCAUCAUCAAAUGUAGCAGUCAUUACUACAGCUGUUAUGGCAGCAGACCUGCCUGUUUUAUCUACAAUGCUAAGCCGACUUUUUGAAUCCAGCCGAUAUCUAGAUGAUGUAGCUCUCCAUCAUUUAAUCGAUGCUCUCUGCAAAUUAUCACAUGAAGCAAUGGAGUUAGCCUAUUGCAAUCGAGAACCAUCACUAUUUGCGGUCGCUAAAUUGUUAGAAACCGGAUUAGUAAAUCUCUCUAGAAUAGAUAUUUUGUGGAGACCAGUAACAAAUCAUAUGUUGGAUGUUUGCCAACAUCCUCAUAUAAGAAUGCGUGAAUGGGGUGUUGAAGCCAUUACAUAUUUAGUUAAAGCAGCUUUGCAAUACAAGUAUCAACCGCCAUUAAAAGAUAAUCAAAAAUUACAGACAUUAUUGCUCAGUCCAUUAGCACAGUUGUCUUUAAAUAUGCAUGGUGAUGUCAGGCAGAGACAAUUAGAGUGUGUGUUGCAAGUAUUGCAUGGUUCAGGCGAAACAUUAUCUCAUGGUUGGCCAUUGGUUUUGAACAUUCUUGGAGCCGUAUCAGACCGUCAUGGAGAAAACCUUAUAAGAAUAGCAUUCCAGUGUUUGCAACUGGUGGUUACUGACUUUUUACCACUGAUGCCCUGCAAAUGUUUACCAUUGUGUCUGGAAACAACAGCUAAAUUUGGCAUGCAGACACGUGAACUGAACAUAUCGUUAACAGCAGUUGGACUUAUGUGGAACGUAGCUGAUUAUUUCAACCAAAACAAAGAUAAACUUCUUUGCAACAAUAGUGGUGACAACAAUAAACAAAAAGAAACUCGAAAUACCAGUGGCGAAGAAACUACUGAAAGUAAUACAGAAUUAUCGGUGUCUACGAUUACCUUAACUGAUACACAAGAAUUACUAUAUCCCGAUUUCCCUGGGGUUGUCACAUUAGCGGAAAUGUCUGAAUUUGAUAAGUUGUGGAUGUGUUUGUUUACCAAAUUGGGUGAAUUGUGUAUCGAUCCUAGGGCUCCUGUUAGGAAGUCAGCUGGACAAACGUUGUUCUCUACAAUUUCGGCCCAUGCCAAUUUGCUAACACCAUCAUCGUGGAAUGCAGUCCUUUGGCAGGUUUUAUUUCCAUUAAUGAACAAAGUACAGAUGCUCUGUGAAUCAGCCAGUGAUUCAACGUGCAACACCGUUACAGCUUCCGACUCUUCUGGUGGUGGUAGUGGAGGAGGUAAUAGUAGUAAUGGAAGUGGUGGUGGUGGUACGAUUUUAAUACAUCAUUCCCGAAACACUGACCAGAAACAAUGGGCCGAAACACAGGUAUCAACGUUGUAUGGUUUAGCUAGGGUGUUUAAUGCUGAGAAAUACUCGAUGACAGUUGGUGGAGAUUUCAUCAAAGCCUGGACACUUUUAUUGGAGUAUAUGGAAAAAGCGUCUUCAAAUAAAAACGUUGAGGUUUCAUUAGCUGGGUUACGUUCAUUGCACGAGCUUUUAAUGGUAUACAGUAGCAGUAAUAGCGAUGGUGAUAGUACUAAUAAGAGUACGACCGUAGCAAAUGACAAUAAUCCUGGAGCUUCAGACCGUUUGCAGAAAGAUGAUGAUUGGCAAAAUAAAAACAGUAACAGUGAAUUGCCAUUCCCUACAACUGCUCAGAAUUCACCAUUACCAUCAACACCAUUGUCAUCAUCAGUGGAGGACGAGAUUUGGGCAUGUACUUGGACUGUUUGGAUGCGAAUCGCUACAUCCGCUACUGCAAUUACUGGAAUUGAUCACUCUCCUAACUCUACAUCGCCCACCCCCACCAAUACGAACUCUAAUAACAGUUCGUCAACAACUUCGGUAGAAGAUCGUUGGCGUCGUGAAUACCAACAACAGCAACAGUCUUUGCAACAUAAACAACAAUUCUUAACAGCCCUUUUGCAAAUAUUUCCAUUGAUAUUCACGCAUAUUAAAACCAGGUUCACUGACAAAGACUUGAAAGAUUUGUUCCGCGUGUUGGAUGCAGCAGCUGCUGUGGACGGAUCGGCUGCUGUGGUUCUGUCCGAUAGCCAUCACCAUCACCAUCAUCACCACUAUCACCAUCAGCAGCAACAACAAAAUUACUAUAGUGGUAGCUACAAUCAACAACAGCUUACCCGGUUACAGGAUGAAAUUUUACAGUGUCUGGAAACGUUGGAGAGAGAAACUUUGAUUUUUGAUGAUGAUGAGUUUGGUAACGAGGACAUCUCAACAUUAGAAGCAGCUGAAAACAACACACCAAAUAAUUUUGAGAUUGGUAAGAAGAAUCCAACGAUAUCAGCAGAGCAACAGCAACAACGACGACAGCAGCUAGUUGAGAGAUUCCUUUGUCCGCUAUUUGAUCAACUAUUAAAGUUUUGUCGCUUUGUAUGUCCUCCCCUACCAUCCACCACACAUAACAACACUGUUAAUAAUGCCGGUGACCGCCAGCAAUUAACGAACGGUGUCGAUCACUUCCAUCACCAUAAUAAAUUCGCAGCAGCAGUGGCGGUCGAUUCAAAUUACGUAGCGUUUGGUGAAAAAGCUGUGCUUAUGGUAGUUGAUUUAUACGGAAUGACAGCCGCUGAAAAAUGUGUUGUUAAGGGUGAAAUAUUAAGAAGAAUAAUUGAAGUAUUUUCUGUACCCCUUGCUGGUCGAUAUUCGUCUAAUCCACCCCCCGCAUCUUCAUUUCAUUACCAUUUAGACGUGACCCCCUCGUCGUCGGGAAACACGCAACAACAACACGUACAACAGCAGCAACAGCAGCACCUUAUGUUAGUCAGGAGGCGACAGCAACAGCAACAAAACACGUGGAAACUACUUGUGGUCGGUUUAAUGAAUGUGUUGUCAGUAGGCGUACCAUUAGCCCGUGACUACCGGGGUGAUGAUUACCUUUCCAUCUGGUCACCGUUGGGCUCCGUUUUGGAAGAUAUAUUAUUUCCGAAAAACUUACCACCAGUGUCCGGUAUGGUAAAAAAUAACAAAUUAAUGGACGACAAUGACGAAAACGAAUCGGUGAUUAUUGACUGUCAGUUGGUAGAGUUCUUAAAGGACGAAAUAUUAUCGCAGUCAACUAACGUGCCCAGAGAAUUCAUCAUGCGCGUGGUGGUGUUAUUAAAUCGGGGAUCGGUGUUAUCUACUAGUACAGCAUCAACGAUACCCAAUUACCCUUAUGGUAGUGGAUAUGACACUAUGAUGAUGGUAGACUGUCGCGAAGGAAGUGGAGUUGUAGGUACUGGUGCUGGAAAUGUCACGAGUGGGUCCUCACCGCCGUCCUUAUUACGCGAACAGUUCGCUAAAGUUUGUUUCGAAACAUUACUACAGUUUUCAUUAGUCGACGGCAUUUCGUCACCAUCAUCGCCUUCACUACACGAAUUCACAGUGGCAGACAACGGUGGUACCAGCGACUGCACAGCAGAUGCCGAAUUGAUAACUGGAAAACUGGCAGUUACUGCACUGUUACAUCGGUUCCAAGAAGUGGUUGAAAAGUUUUGUCAUGAUCAAAACUUGACUGGAAAAUGUCCGUUGCCGAGGUACCGCAUGUCGGAAAUUUCAUUCGUGUUGAAAGCUAUCGCUACACUGAUCAUAUCGCUGAAGAAAACUCCCGACAAAGUCAAUAAAGCUGUAUGGGAUCAACUGGUUAGAUUAUACCCUUGCCUUGUGCGCUGUGUGCCGUACACGCAACAAUGUUGUUCAUCACCUCAAGUUACGGACUCUUUAACUGAAGCUCUGCUUCAGUACGGCGACCUGUUGCUCAAAGCGCCGCCUAUUGAUGCCGAUGCUCAACAACAAUAAUUUAAAAGUGACCUUCACAGCAGGAUAUUCCUCACUGCUGCUGAUGCUGCUCGCGUACACUUUUAUAUAAAUAAAAAAAAAAAAUUAUA